UUUCGAGUUAUCUAGUUGUAGCAUUAAGGGGACGAAUUAAACCAAGACGCGUUUUGAACUCCUUGUUGCUCGUCGCGAAAGAGAAAAGAUGAUGGAUGUCCUUGAUAGUUUGACGUUUCAAGUAGUAAGGAUGCAUAUAUUGUGUAUCAUGAUCGUUUUUGCGUGAAAUCCGUCAAUGAAAUUUCGAGGUUGCUUGGAUCAUCCACCCCUACCUCGAUUGGAAAUCCUGGCUACGCUCGUGGUGGCUUGUGUCAAUAGUUUAUUGAAAUAGGCUGAUUAUUGUGAAAAUCAUAGCUAACAGCCAAAGAAACGAGUUUAGUUGUGAACACUUCUUCAGAGACGCUAAAGGAUUGAUGCCGUCAAUCGUCCACUAAUAUUAUAUUUACUUACUUUUUUUUGGUAACAGUGCCCUGCACGAUUAUGAAGUUGAGUCAUUUGCAACACAACUCCAUUAUCUGAGAUGCGCCGAAAAGGUAAGAAAGCACAAUAUGAAGCACCAAAGCUUUGGCAAACUACCAAUGACUCUGGUAAGCUCGAAGAACACUUUGAAACUUACAUUAUAAACGAUCAAUAUGAUAUGAUGAACAGAGGAAGCCCUAAAACCAUCGUAAAUUAUAGAACCUACUGCUUCAAUACAAUCUUCUUAUCGAGUAACGCAGCAUGAAUGAAUGAAUUUUAUUAUAAAACAAUGCCUCAGGUCGCAUGAAAAACGAAGCAUCAAUAUUCAAACCGAUUUAAUUGCCAUGUGAUAUUAUUGAUGUAAUAGUGAGACGGAGACAUCACAAGAUGAUUGGGAAUACCCUUUGCUUCUCAAAGCAAUGCUUGCAUAUAAGUACACACCUACCUAGCGAUCUGUGAGGAUAUAGAAAUAAUAGUGAAAAAUAGAAGCUGUUAAAAUGAACCCGGCAGUAAUCCGCUUUCAGCCACUUUGGAAUACUAAUUGCUUCCCAUUCGUGAGUGAGCUGCUGAUGGAAUAAGUUUAACUCGUUUUAUCUCAGGUGCUGCAUGGAGGAAACACAUUCGAAUUAACUCAAUCGUGAUGGUAUCGAGGAUAAAAAAUGAACUGUGGUUGCUAUUUUUAAUUGGCUGCAUCAUCCACGAUGUUGUUGGUGAACUGCAUUCUGGUGAAUCCCUCUUCCUUCCAGAUGAACGUACUUCGCUAGAUGAUUGCCAUCUACGAUACUACCAGUUCGAUAGAGGUGGAGGAGGAGGUAUCGGUGGAAUUCCUGCGACUCAGUUCGAGUUUGCCCAUAUGGGAGCAAUUGGAUGGAUCCAAUCAGAAGAUGGCAAGAUUCUUUGGCAAUGUGGAGGAUCUUUGAUUUGGGAAAAUUUCGUCUUAACCGCAGCGCAUUGCGUUGUUGAUUCAAGCAAUACUCCCCCAAACGUGGUAAGAUUUGGAGAUUUGGAUAUUUUUUCAACGGUCGGCGAUGAAUUUGCUCAGCAGAUCAAAAUUGCGGAGAUAAUUCGACAUCCAAGUCAUAGAUUCGCAGGUCAUUAUCACGAUGUGGCUUUGUUGCGGUUGGAAAAAAGCGUCAUAAUAACUAAUGCGGUGAUCCCUGCCUGUUUAUGGUUAGACAAUGAGGUAUGGUUCAAACGAAUACAUGCGACUGGUUGGGGCAAUGUUGGGUUUAUUGGAAAUCAAUCAGCAGUUUUGUUGAAAAUGGAACUUGACCCAAUAUCACUUGAAGAGUGUGGUAAGGUUUAUAAUAAUGGCACUACUCGAAAACUGGGCCGUGGAUUGGCCGAUCAUCAUAUUUGUGCCUUUCAUCCCGUAGCUGAUACAUGUGAGGGUGAUUCCGGCGGACCGCUUCAAGUGAAAUUGGUGCAUAACAUGCGUCAAACUCCGUUCAUCAUUGGCGUCACUUCAUUCGGGUUGAUCUGUGGGACAUCUACCCCUGGUGUCUACACCCGAGUAGCGAGCUACCACCAAUGGAUCAUCAAUACCAUGCGAGAUCGUGGAGCGGCAGUUGAUGAAAACACUUUCAACUCAACUACAUGCGUCCACAGAUACGUUGAGCAUCGUGAGUUCUACGAAGGAGUUGUGGCACAUCGGGGUGGUAACGGAUCUGUGGAGUUAAAUGUCUUCAACUACAUGUUUAGCUGGAAUUACGGUAAGCCGCGGGAGCUAGUGAAACUCCGAUGGCCUAAAGGGAGAAGUCAGAGCAAUUGCUACGGCGUGGUCGUUGAUGAGGACACGGUUUUGACGGUGGCGGAUUGUGUAGAAUCCAAUGGAAUUCCUGUAGAUCAUAUAGAGGUAGAACCAACAACGAUUGUGAAAAUUUCGAAGGUUUUGAUCCAUCCUAGUUAUAGGAAAGGAUCAAGUUACAACAAUAUUGCCGUUUUAAAAUUGGGCUCACUGUUGGACUUCCAGGAUGGAACUUAUCCGACGUGCAUCUGGUCAGAACAAAAGUGGCCUUUUGGUGAUGCUUUGGUGCUUGGUGAGGGAAGGAGAGAUCUUGUUACAGCUAUAUACCCUAGUGGAAGUUUUGAAAUAGAUCCCUCAUAUGGAUUCGUCAGACUUCGAAGUGUUAUUCGGAAUAGUACCAGUUGCAUGAUUGGCGAUCGUGAGCAGUCAAAGGUAAAAAAUGGAAUACCCCAAGAGCUCGUUUGCGCCGGAUAUGACUUCUACAUUGUGCCGGAAAUGUGUAACUUAGUAGUCGGAGCUGGUCUAAAAAGAACAAUGACGAGAAUAGAGCGCGAGUAUACAUUUACAAUGGCUUUGUCUCAGUUUGGACGAGAUUGUGGCGUCGGAGAACAUAUGAUUGCCACUCGCUUGGCUAGUCACGCCGAAUGGUUGAAAUCAAUCCUACUACCGAAGCCUCAGAAUCCCGGAAGUAAUGUACAGUUUUUGGACUCUGAUCUUAGAGAAAGGGAUAUCUGUGAGGUUAAUGAAAAUACACCAGGAAAAUGUGUCCAGGUAUCGGAAUGCUUGAAUUACUGGGAAAAUGUCGUACCUCGAGGGGGAGCGACAUUCUGUUCUAGCAGUAACGUGAUCUGUUGUCCUGCUACACUAACCGCCAGUCAAAUUUUCAGGAACAGAGAGACUGAACUAGAACGUUGCCCAUCUCUUUUACGUGGUUUGAAAUCACCUAUUGAAAACGGAUCAUUGGUUCAAAUUGGAUUCGAUACUAAGGAUUGGUAUGAUUUUCGUUGCGUUGGAUCGAUAAUCACGAAACAACUUAUACUUGCCACGGCUAGCUGCUUUGGCGAUGAAGUACCGCUUGUAGUGCGCCUCUCAGUCAACGAGACAAUCGUUCCAAUAAAAUCUAUCGUAAAACACAAGCAAUACAAUGUAACUGAUAAAUCUAAUGAUGUUGCUCUUAUUCAACUGGCUAGUCCCCUUACUUGGAAUGCCUAUGUUUUUCCGACAUGUCUUUGGAUGAACCAAACACAUACGCCCCUGGUAAUGAGGUUGAUUGAACUUGAUGGAGUUUCGUUCAGCACCAAAUUUGUGAUCCCUCAAUACAACACAGACUGUCAACGAGCGCACCCAUAUCGCUUGCAGAGAACGCAACUGUGUGUCCGAGAACCGUACUUUGCGAAAACGUGUGCCAAGGCAGGCGAUGUAUUGCGAUCGGAAAGAGAAGGUGGGGUUUCCUAUGUGGUUGGAUUGGCCCAGUCUAGCGAGAACUGUGAUACCCGAACAUACAUCACACUUACCAGGAUAUCCCAGCAGUUGGAGUGGAUUAAACGGGCUCUAGAUGAAGAUUUCUGGGUUGUCUGAGUCACUAAUAGAACACAAGUUUGGCAUAAUUGAAGUUUUAACGUAAACGAUAAAAUCAAAUACGCAUUUCUAAUAUACGUCUUAUAAAUGCA